CUCGUCGUAGCCAUAAAUCGUUUCUAGAUAUCCAGUUUUCAGUUUGAGUUUGUCUUUCGGGCCGUUAACAGCUCUUUCGUCUGAGCUCGGAGCGCAAAGUGAUUUUGGAUUUUUAGAGAGUGAAUGUUUCCUCUAUUGGGUGGAUGGUGAAGGAAGAGGUAAACAUUUUAACAAGAAUACUGUUUGAAUGAAGAAAGUGGAAGCUGCUAUAAGCUGAGGCAUUGUGUGGCAAGGGAAAAUUCUCUCCGCAAAACAUACCAGUGUGUUGAAAGCAAAACGGUGAUAUCUACAAUCAAAGGAUAAUAAUAAAAAGUUGUGGGUUACAAAUUGUGUGAACAAGAUAUUGAACAAACUGUUUGAAGAGGGAAUUGGGAGCGAAAGGAUACAUCAACAAAUGGUAAUACUUGAAGGAGCAGCUAUGUUACAAAUCGGAAAUAACCAGUAUCUGCAGCCGGAUUACAUGUCGCCGCUGCUAACUUCGUUGGACGCCAAGAAAAGCCCGCUGGCACUCUUGGCACAAACAUGUAGCCAGAUAGGAGCAGAUUCUGGAAAUAUAACCGUCAAGUCUUUGGUUUCCCCAUCGGAAAAGAACAAAAAAUCUUCAUCGUCAUCAUCGUCGUCGGUUUCAUCUGCUGGUUCCGUCGAGAAUGGACCUCACUCCAACAACUCAAGAUCUCCGUCGGUGAAGACAGAAAAAUCAGACGCAUCGCCAGAAAUCAAACUUGCUUUCAAGCCAUAUGAAAUGAAUGUGCUAACUACAAAGGUGAAGAAUGAUGAUCGUCCGUCGUCAAAGAUGAGCAGUGGAAGUGAUAUAAUGAAUAAUAAUAGUGUUAAUCAUGUUAAUAAUAAUGAUGUUAAGAAAGAUUAUCGCUCAUCAUCGCGGGGUAGUGCAGAAUCUCCUCGUGCAGGAAGUGUUAAUGGAAACAAGAACGGUGAAAUAAGUGAAAAUGGUAAAAGUACACCCGAGGGUAGCAGUAGGAAAACCAAUUCCCCAAAUGAUCGUGACAAAACCUCUGCUAGCCCUAUUAUUCGUCCGGGUGCCGAAGUUAUGCAAGCUGGAAAAGAUAUGUCAGGAUACAAACCAAGUGCUUACGGAAUAAACCCACUAACCGGAUUACCGUCGCCGUCGGGUAUUGAUCAUACAAAUCCAGCGUUCAGACCUCCGUUUGCUGGAGCCUUCAGUCAUCACCAUGCUGCAAUGUUGGCGGCGGCAUACCCUGGUGCAGCUGCUGCUGGUGCCAAUCCAUACCUAAGUUACACCAGGGUCAAAACUCCAUCUGGCGGUGAAACACUGGUGCCAAUUUGCAAAGAUCCCUAUUGUACUGGGUGCCAAUUCUCCGCACACAAUCAUCAAAUGAUGAUGGGUGGUCAGUGCCCUGCAGGUUGCACGCAAUGCGAUCAUCAAAAAUACAGUCUCGCCAUGGCCAUGGGAACUCUUCCGCCGGGAUAUCCCUACCCACCAGCGGCCACGCAACCAGGCCGUCCCUACAUGUGCAACUGGGUUAUUGGUGAUUCAUACUGCGGCAAGCGUUUCAACACGACCGACGAGCUUCUGUCACAUCUUAGAACCCACACCGCUAAUUUGUCAGACCCAGCGGCACUGGCCUUGCAGCAACAACUGAUGCCGUUGAGUGGAAUCUUUCCACCUUCAUCGCUACAUCGUGGAUAUCCAAAUCCACCUCUGAGCCCGCUUUCCGCUGCCAGAUAUCAUCCCUACGCUAAACCUGGAGCAUUACCCGCUGGCCUUCCCGGAUCCCCUUAUGGAGCUGCAUUCAACCCUGCUGCUUUCGGGCAAUAUUAUUCUCCAUACGCAGCUGCCUUGUACAGCCAACGAAUGGGAGCCGCAGUUCACCAGUAAAAGCGCCCCUUCCAUUCAAAGAAUGCCCAGGUGUUAUUUUCUAUGAAUCUGUGAUAUUAACUUUAUUCUAUAUUGCAAAAAAUGAAGAAGAAAUGCUAGAAUGUUGCAAAAUUGCAAAGCGUAGUGAGACUAGACUGUCAAAAAUCGUGUAUACUGCAUCUUGGUUGUAAAACUGGUUUCAAGAUUGAAUUGAACCUUUCAAGGGUCACUUGUGGAAUUAAACCAAAUAGAUCGAACAAAAAAGGUUCUUUAAACUAGUUUUAUGCCAUAGAUUUGAAGCUACUUUUCUAACAUGAUAGGAAUGGUAUCGCAGUAGAUAAAAUGGUUUUGAUAAUACAGAUAUAUCUAAAGCCGUCGGCAUUUUGUGCUAUUUGUUGAGGGAUAAAUCUAAGCCUCGAACUGGAUUUUUCUUUGAGCUCAAAACCAUCGCAUGAAUAAUUUAUUGUUUUAACUACAAACAUAAUUGCCAAACAUUUUAGUUUAAGUUUGAUUUGUUUGUUUUUGCUUGUUAAAGACUUUCCAUUUGCCACUCAAACACAAGAGCUAAAGACUGUAGUGAUUCUUUCAUUGCGAAUACAGAACAAAGGACAAAAUGUACAGAUAACAUAAAAAUUGUAGGAAUGAAAAA